GAUUGUACCACAGUUUUGUUUCUGAGGAAACCAUCAUGAAGAGAAUAAAUACCAGUCCAGCUCCAGGCUGCUCAGAUCAGAGGAAAAACACAGCAGAGAGGAGAGCAAAGAAAAAACAUGGAUCCUGUGUCAAGAGCAGCAGUUGGAGCAGCAGUGGCUAAGGGUUCUACCCCUGGUUCUCUGGGGCCCGCGGGUUUCACCUCAGGUGGAAUUAAAGCAGGCUCCACGGCUGCUAAAAUGAUGUCGGCUUCUGCAGUGGCUGGCAGAGGUGGAGUGGGAGCAGGAAGUCUGGUGUCUGUUUGUCAAUCAAAAGGUGCGUCUGGUGGAUCAAAGCGCAACAAGUGAAGCUGCCAGUGAUGGAGCAGCUGGGAGGUGGUUGAAGCAGCAUGUUUAUGUUCUGAAAUGUUUGGAAAGUUGUCUGGUUUGCAGUCACCUGACAUGAUGUUUCAUUGUUUGAAUCUUACAUCUCUCCGAAAAUAAAAGCAACCGAGUUAAAACACA